UGGAUUUUUGAAAUGUAAUUAGUAAUUCAUAUCGAGAUUGCGUUCUCUCUGCUCUGUUAUAAAUUGGAGAGGACAACAUGCCUGAAUUGCCGAUUAAUCCUUUUUGCCUCUUCGCUCAACUGAUUGUAAGGAGAAGUAGAAGAGACUAUGGGCAGGCUUUUCCUCACAAAUAUGGAGGGCAAAGUUUAUAGCUGCAAGUUCUGUAAGACGCAACUGGCUGUCGCGGAAGACAUUAUCUCUAAGGCUUUCCACUGCAGGCAUGGGGAGGCUUAUCUCUUUGAUAAAGUUGUGAAUGUUACUCUUGGUGCGAAAGAAGAGAGGAUGAUGAUAACUGGAAUGCACACUGUUGUUGACACAUUCUGUGUGGCAUGUGGCGCACUUGUUGGCUGGAAAUAUGAAACUGCACAUGAAAAUUCUCAGAAGUACAAGGAAGGGAAGUUCAUCCUCGAGAGGUUCAUGAUAUUGGGUCUGGAUGGAAGCAACUAUGCUGUGAACCAAGAUGCUGAGCUUGAUGGGAGCGAUGACGAUGAAGCAUGAGUAACAACUCCCAGACUGCAUUGCUUAUCCUCCUCUAGGAAUUAAAUAUCUUUCUUCUCCGAUUCACCCUGCCAUUUUCAUUCAGACUUUAAUCCUUAAGUUUAGAACUACAGAUGCAUGUAGGCAGACAUAUUUAAGAUUUGCAGGAUAGUCUUUAUGGCCAUUGUUUUUAGAAUUUAAACCAAAACCUCUUGCUGGGUGUUACUUUAAUUUCUUUUUUGAAUGACAAGGAAAACCUCUACUGAAUAAACCUGAUCUUGUGACCCUAGUUAACAAAGGACUACAAGGAGGGUGGUAAAAUAACCGAGGUUGCUUAUAGCUGGCUAACCGUCUCAAACCAAGUCAAUAGGUUGUUCCGAUUAGAAAUCGAACUUGUAAUUCUGUUGUUACCAAGUUAACACUUCAUUGGUGAUUUAUUUGCUCUAAGCAUUUGUGUAAACAUGCAAAACAUACUACUAUAGUUUAUCAUAUUGCAAAA